GGCGGCGAACGCAUGAGUAAGGGGCUUACAACUCCGGUAGCCAAGUUAUCGCAGUGUUGCUUGAAGAAAUCGAAGCGCAGCUUUCCGGGCUUGUCCAGCACCCGGCGAGGUGAAAUCCACAUGAUUAUCGGACCAAUGUUUUCAGGCAAGUCGACUGCCCUAAUUCAACGAGUCAAAGAAGACGAGGCUGCUGGAUUACAAGCUCAGAUGGUAAAUUCAUCAAGAGAUGUGAGAUACUCGAGCUUCGAGGUCGUCUCACACGGCGGCGCUACCCGUCCGUGUCACUGCAUCGAGAAACUUUGGGACAUCCCAAUCCUUCUUGGUUUUGAACAUUUUUCUAGAGUCGAUGUGUUGGCGAUCGACGAGGCUCAAUUCUUUCCAGAUCUCGCAUCUUUUUGCAUAUCUGCUGCCGAGGACCAUCACAAGAAAGUAAUCGUCGCUGGACUGAGUGGAGAUUUUCGUCGGAAAAGGUUUGGGCAGAUUUCAGAUCUAAUUCCAAUAGCUGACUCCGUUUUAAAGCUUACCUCCAACUGUGCCAUGUGUGAUAUGACCAGUGGGUUAUUCUCGCUCCGCACGACAUCAAAUUGGGAAAAUCAAGAGUUAAUUGGCGGCCCUGAUUCAUACAAGCCCGUAUGCAGGAGUUGUUAUACAAGCGCGUGGGCAGAGCAAACAACCUAAUCUUUCUAUAUUUGGAUGUUUCUCUCCAACUUAUGUUUUGCACGAGGACAUGACGGAGCAAGAAGGCAUAUCGAAGCAUAUCAACACCUUGAACUUCCCUGCUGCCGGUGUGGUGCUUACGUAGACUGUCUCAUGUUUCCCGCGAGCGCAUUAUGGGUCGCUUCAUUCGUUAUGAAACGUGGCCAUUUUCAUUUCAUCCCCGGCACCAGUGCCAUGGUUUAACGCCCGUGCGGGUGCGAUGAAUGCGCUUCGAGCCUCAGCGCCUGCUUCGAACUGCUUCGAAUGCUUUUAAAAUCGCCCACUUCUCUGCUUUGGACUCCGGGUAGUUCUGAUAAUAAAGAGAAAACUGUCUAAUUUUCAACUUUGUUGGGAGAUCAUACAGGGCGGAUAGUAUGGAAGUCGGAUGCAGUUUCAGCUCCUAUCUUACGUCUGAUUUCCGCACAAAGGCCCGAAGUAGAACAUCCGACGGAUAUGCGUGUUUCUGAUGUGAUGACGAGCAGUGUAAACGGAUGAUGUAGUUUUCAAAAUCGUCCGAGUC